AGUUUGUAAGUAGAAUUAAAUUAAGAAAUGGCUUUCUUAAACAGAGCGUUGAAAAUAGAUUUAUUUUCCCUGACGGAAGAAUUAGGGAUCGAGACUGACCCUUCAAAUAAAGUAGUAGAUCUGAUCAGGAAAAUUAAAGAGUUCCCAGAUAUUGACUUAGACUUCGUAAAAGAUAGAUAUGAAGUUAUAGUGGAAGAACGAAAAACAGAGAAAGAGCGCGGCGUAGAGGCAGAAUUACAAGCUGAAAGGCAGCGCGAACGGGAAUUUGAGUUGGAGCGUUUAAGAAUAUCUAAUUCCUCGGAAAUUAAUAGCUCACAUUCAAGCCGAAAUGAAAAUUCUAGACCGCGAAGAGAUAUUAAGCAUUUAAUGCCUAAGUUUGAUAGUAACCAAACUGAUAUGUCAAUUUAUCUGACAUUACUAGAGAGGCAAUUAAAAACCGCCGAGAUUGACGAGGCUGAAUGGGUCUCUCAACUACUGUCAUUAUUGCCGUUAGAUUUGGCUCACAUCAUAGCGAAAGAACCGGAAGACAAAGCUCAGGAUUACGAGCAUAUUAAACAAGUUUUGCUGGAACGAUUUAAGAUAAAAACUGAGACAUAUAGGCAGCGUUUCGUGAGCCAUCAGAAAAAACCGAACGCAUUGUGGAAGGAAUUAAUUUUUGAUCUGGAACAUUUCUUAGAUGGUUGGCUUUCGGGAUCGGGUGUAACGGAUUUUACCGGGCUAAAGAAAUUGUUAAUCACCGACCAGAUAAAAAAACGCGUCCCGAGCCAGAUAAGAGACCAUUUUCUAGACGUAUGGUCGGAGUUCGUAGAUCCUUUUGUUCUAGCCGAGAAACUAGACCACUACGAAUCGGUGCGGACGAAAUCCAACUUUGUAAAAUUCCCCGAAAGAAAAAUGGUUGAGAGAAACAGACCGUUUUCGCCUAAGGAAGAAGAGAAGUAUAAAGCGACGGAAAGAAUGGCAAACGCUAAACCCAAUGAAAAUAAAUCGUGGAGGAAUUUAGCCCCACAAAGGAAUUGGAGGGGAGACAAUUUUGAUCAGCGGAAACAAUUACAAUGUUAUGAAUGUCUGUCUACGACGCAUUUAAGGCCAAACUGCCCUCAAUUAAAAAAGAAUCAACCGACAGAGCAGAUAAAUCACGUAGGAAGCGCGCACGAAAAUGAAUUAUUUGCUCCCUAUAUAAGUGAAGGAUCCGUUAACGGAUCGGAAAUUAAAAUUCUCCGGGAUUCAGGCGCCAGCGUAGAUAUCGUAACACGAAAUUACGUCAGUAAUGCAGAUUUUACCGGUGAGGUAAUUUGGGUGAAACAACCAUUGGACUUAGAUUUGAGGUGUUUGCCUCUGGCACGUGUAAGGCUCAAUAGCCCAGAGUUCGGGGAGGUCGUCACAAAGGCCGCUAUUGUUGAUUCAUCUCUCGAUCAAGGAAUUUACCUUCUUAGUAACGCCACGGCCGAGUUACUUAACAAACGUAUCAGUAUUGCCACUGUGAAUGCUGUCACUACUCGUUCACAAAAGAAGGGGGAAAACGCGAAAGGGGAUGGAAAAGCAAGGAGAAUAGAAAGCGGGACAGGAGGGAAGAACGAGAUAGAACCUGAAAUGCAACUGAGAGAAGAAUCGUUACCACCCAUUGAGAUAGGGGAAGGAGCUGAAGAUUUAUUCACUCCGUUCAAGAUAACUCAAGAAGAAUUUUCAAAGGCUCAAAUGGACUGCGGAACCUUGGAAGAAUGUAGGGAACGCAUUAACAAAGGACAUGAGGGAUUUAAAAAGGAAAAGGGAUUGUUUUUUAGGGUAACAAAAGAUCAUUUAGGAAACCCGAGAUCUCAAUUAAUUGUGCCGAAAAAAUUCAGACCGGCAAUAUUAGAGAUGUGCCACGAGUCGACGUCGGCACAUCUGGGGGUAACUAAAACGAAAGAUAGGGCCCUAAAAUAUUAUUUUUGGCCAAAUUGUGUAAAGGAUAUCGAGAAUUACGUUCGCUCGUGUGAUCCUUGUCAACGAAUCGGUAAACCAAGGGAGAAGACAAAGGCCCCUCUCAAAUUAGUUCCCGUUAUAUCGGAAAUUUUUAGCAAAUUAAAUAUUGAUUGCGUAGGACCAUUACCCAUUAGUGAGAAAAACAAUCGAUAUUUGUUAACGGCGAUGUGUAUGUCUUCAAAAUAUCCGGAUGCAAUCCCUAUAGAAGACCUUACGUCAAUCACAGUGAUAAAUGCUAUGUUAAACGUUUUUAGUAGAAUGGGGUUCCCCCGUGAGAUACAGUGUGAUUGGGGUACGUCGUUCACUAGCUAUUUAACCACAGAAUUUUUUGAUAAGUUCGGAAUAAAAGUCACUCAUUCAUCUGUGCGGCAUCCCCAGACAAACCCGGUAGAGCGUUUCCACAAAACCAUUAAGCGACUUCUAAAGGUACUAUGUUUAGAGUCCGGGAAGGAUUGGGAGAAAAAUCUUCCCGCAACUCUGUUAACUUUGAGAACGGUUACUCACGAGAGCACAGGAUUUAGCCCCGCUGAGUUGGUUCACGGAAAAAACCUAAGGACUCCAGAAGUGCUGUUAUACGAGCACUGGGUAGCACCGAAAGAAAACGAAACGGCGGUAGCCAAAUACAUGUACGACUUAAUAAACCGCAUGAGACGUUGUCAGGAUAUAGCAGUAACCAGGAUGUUGGAGACGCGAGAUAAGAGAAAAUUAUGGUAUGACAAAAAUGCUGUCCAUCGCCAAUAUAAAUCCGGUGAUCAAGUGUUGGUGCUCGCAGCAUCUAUGCCGAAUAAACUAUCAGUACAGUGGAUAGGGCCAGGCGAAAUUCAAUCUCAAUUGUCGGAAACGAACUAUAUAGUGAAAAUGACAGGAAAGGAGGCCAAGCCCCAAAUUUUUCACGUUAAUCUGUUGAAACCUUACCAUAAAAGAUUGGCGGAGGUGAAUCUAGUGUUCCACGAGGAAAAAGUGAAUGUGGAGACGGAAAAUGAUUUAGAGAUCGCAUACCCGACGGGAGACGUAAACGCGUACGAUUUCGAGGAAAUAUCUCGAAGUAGCAACUUAGAAGAGAGGUUAACGACGGAGCAGAUUGGGGAACUCAAAGAGUUGUUACAUAAACAUAAAACAGUUUUUUCAAAUAAGCCGGGAAAAACCCAUCUAGUUGAGCACGAUAUAGAACUGAUCAGUAAUCAGCCGGUUCGGUCGAAGCCAUAUCGCACAUCACAACGCCAGGCCGAAAUUUUGAAAUCGGAAAUAAAGCAGAUGUUAGAUCUGAAAAUAAUUGAAAUGGGACAAUCAGACUAUACAUCACCAAUGCUGUUAGUAGAGGCACCGGGAAAGGCCCCAAGACCUUGUAUUGAUUACCGAAAAUUAAAUAGUGUAAUUAAAACUGAGUACUUCCCCUUGCCCAAUUUAGAAGAGCGAGUAGAAAGAGUUUCCGCCGCAAAAUUUAUUACGGUACUAGAUCUAGCGAAGGGCUACUGGCAAAUUCCAAUGACGAAGAACGCAAGUCGGUUAGCAGCGUUCGUAACUAAUUUCGGGACGUAUCUCCCUCUAAGAAUGCCAUUUGGAUUGGUGAAUGCGCCAUAUUUUUUUAGUAAGAUGAUGGCUGAGAUAUUAGGGAAUUGUGAGAAGUAUGCAGUACCUUACUUAGACGAUAUUGCGAUCUAUUCCGAAACAUGGGAAGAACACUUGAAACAUGUUGACGAGGUUCUUAAAAGAAUAGGAGCGGCAAAUCUAACCGUGAAACCAUCAAAAUGUCAGCUAGCACAGAGCCGGACGAAAUAUUUAGGACAUAUGGUAGGAGAAGGCGUUCGAACACCAGCCGAAGCAAAAAUCAAAGCAGUGAUAGAUUUUCCUACCCCCAAAACAAAAACUCAGAUACGAGCUUUCCUUGGGCUAGCGGGUUAUUACGCACACUAUGUGGAAAAAUUUUCUGUCAUAGCCGCACCUUUAACCAAUGCAUUGAAAGGUAGGAUGACGAAAGAGCAGAUUAGAUGGACGCCCGAAUGCGAACAAGCAUUCCAAGAAUUAAAAAUGAGUUUGACAAAAAAACCCGUCUUGCAUGCCCCUGAUUAUACAAAAAAAUUUAUAGUCCAAACUGAUGCGUCGGAUGUAGGGAUGGGAGUUGUAAUGUCUCAAUUAGAUUCCGAAGGCAAGGAACAUCCUAUUUUAUAUCUAAGUAAGAAAUUUUCAGACGCGGAAAAGAAAUAUAGCACGACUGAAAAAGAGUGUGCUAGUAUAGUAUACGCCAUAAAGAAGCUUAAAUUUUACUUGGAUGGCCAGCACUUCACUAUUGUCACGGACCACAAUCCGUUAGUUUGGCUAAAAACCAAUGCGGGUAACAACCCUAGAUUGAUGAGAUGGUCAUUGGCUUUACAACCAUACAACUAUACUGUCACACAUAAACCGGGCAGUAAGCACCAGAAUGCUGAUGGUUUGAGCCGCUGUAACCUUUAA